AUGUUAAGUCUAUCACACCUGUGCCGCUGCACACAGUCACUGCGGGUGGCUCAAAGCAAGUUACUGGUGUCUGGUGCAAGAAAUGGCUUCAACACAACAAGCAUUGUCAGCCGACAGCUCAUCACACAGAAUAAUAAAGUUGGACGGUUCAAAGGACUAAGGCUCACAGAUCUCUUCAAACCCCAAAGCAUAGUGGUCCGCUUCUGCCAGAAUGCACCAAAGCAGAAAUCCUCAAAAGUAGUCGGAUACUGGCUUCUAGGAUGUUCGGGGAUGGUGUUCACGGCAGUUGUGCUAGGUGGUGUGACCAGGCUAACGGAGUCAGGAUUGUCGAUGGUGACAUGGAAACUCCUUGGCGAGAAGAUGCCGAGAUCUGAAGAAGAAUGGCAGGAGGAGUUUGAGAAAUAUAAGCAGUUUCCUGAGUUUAUCUAUAAGAACCAAAACAUAACACUAUCAGAGUUCAAAUGGAUCUGGUACAUGGAGUUCGCUCACCGUACGUGGGGACGUGCUAUUGGUGCGGCAGUGUUCCUGCCGGCCGCCUUCUUCUGGGCUAAAGGCUAUCUAGACAAGGGCAUGAAGGUUAGGGUCGGGGUUUACUGCGCACUCGUCGCUGCUCAGGGUCUUAUGGGCUGGUACAUGGUUAAAUCUGGUCUAGAAGACCGUUUCCAAGGACCAUCAGAUGUACCCCGAGUAUCUCAGUACCGGCUCGCAGCACAUUUGAGUUUGGCUUUCAUCCUAUACUCGGGACUCCUGGCUGGAGCCUUAAGGGUGCUCCGCCCCUUCCCCACUGCCUCCACAUUCAGGACUCUAAAGGAACUGACAAGCAUCACUGCGCUUGCGCAUUCUGUUAAGGCUAUGGCGUUCUUGACUGCUGUUUCAGGCGCCUUCGUAGCCGGUUUAGACGCCGGCCUAGUCUACAGUUCCUUCCCAAAGAUGGGAGAUAAGUGGAUCCCUGAUGAUGUCCUGGAAUUUUCACCCACACUACGUAACUUUACUGAGAACCCCACGACGGUGCAGUUUGACCAUAGGAUCCUUGGCACCACUACCUUGGCACUGGUCACCGGGUUGUGGUACUUGUCUAGGGGGAAGGCACUGUCUCCCAUGGCCAGGAGGGUCGUUAAUGGAGUUGGAGCUAUGGCCUGGUUGCAGGUGACGUUGGGUAUAAUGACGUUGCUGUACUACGUGCCGACCCCGCUGGCCGCGUCGCACCAGUCUGGCUCGCUAGUCCUGCUGUCCCUCGCCAUCUGGCUCACGCACGAGAUCAAACUAUUGAAAUACAUACCAAAGUAA